AUGAAGAACAGCAGAGGAUACUUUAGUGAGUUGAAAAUCAGACGAGACCGCCUUCAGCCAAAGAAGCCAAGAAAACAACACGGAACUCUACUCUUCACUCACAUAUGCAAUCAUCUAUGUGAACAUGUCUUGAGAAUCCCAGUAUCAAAAGUCUCCAUUUGGCCUGAAGGUCUGCCCCUUACGACACUCCACAACUUGACAAAACUGAGAAUCGAAAAGUGUGAAGAGCUGGAGAUCAAAGUCGCGGCCUCAACGAAAUCAGUAGACUUUCCGUAUCGAGUAUUGGUUGAAGUUAUCAGAAAUAUCUGUGGAACGGCGGAACGUAUUCAUCUUGGCAUACCAAUAAAACAUACGUUUAAAUGUGAUACGAGCUAUUUCAAAUGUCAUCACUUAACAAUUGAUCGCCCGACACCAUGGUUGACUGGAAAGAAUCUAUUCAAAAUGAGAUGCGCCCAGAUGGAAAUCUCCCGAAGCAGAUUGAAAGUAAAGGAUCUUCUGAAUUUUGUUGAGAAAUGGAUGAAGAGUGACUUGAGUGAAGAGUUCGAAUUUUUGGAUAUAACUUUUGAAAAAAAGAUCAAAAUUCUCACUUUUCCGAAAUCCUUUCAAGCGAAAACGUGGAACAAGGAGAUGAGAGGCCAACAUUACUUAGCUGGAACCAAAGUGAUCGACUGUGAACACGGGGGUGACGUCGUUCAUAAAAAUGGGAGAACCAUUGCAACAGUUUGUACUCAAAGCGACCGGAAAAGAUUCUUCUUUGGAGUUUGGCAUAAUCCUUUCCCAAUGAUUCCUCAGGAGAACGUCCCUGAGAUGCUCAGUUGCUCACUUACAUGCUUGAGAAUAUGUAACGUUGCGAAGUCGUUGGAGUACGAAUCGAUCAGUUGGAACGUCGACAUCUCCAAAGAAGGUACAUUUUUGCAAUUCAAGUGCAACGAUGAAGUCUGUGGAACGUGGUCUUUCAAGGAAUCAGGCAAUACUGUGACGGUCUCUAAAAAGGAGGAUCCGAAUACAAUUAUUUACGAGGAAGAGAGCGAGAACGUCUACGAUUCACUCACUUCAGCAAUCAUCCAUGUGACCGAUGUCUUGAAAUGCACAGUAUCGAAUGUUGAGAUUUGGAUUCAAGAUUUUAAGCAUUUCAUUAUUCAUAAAUUGAUGCGUCUUAAAAUCGAGAAAUGUCUCAAUAUGAGGAUUUACCUUGCUAUCAAGGAGAAGAUACCAGUCACUCUAGACCCAUGGUUAGCCACAGUUAUCAAGAAUGUCUGUGCCACAGGACGUUUAUAUAUUUCUGUGCCAACAGAUGAGAGCUUCGAAUGUGAUCCAAGUCACUUCAAAUGUCACCUUUUAGUGAUGGAUCAGCCGUCGCCUUGGUUGACUCCUGAGACUCUAUGA